AUGGGUGGGGAUAUUCCCAGCUUCCCUGAGCUUAUCAUCUACUCUGAGAGACAAUCCAUUGGAGGUUGUGUUCAGGCCCAGUCAGGUAGCACUGUGCAGUCACGGAGCCAGAUGGGAAGACCCCAGCUUCUGAUCCUGUCUGGACCUGUCGGCUUGAACAUGCUCAUGGAUACACCCAUGAUCCUGACCAGCCAGAAGGCUGUGGGCAGGAGAUCAGGCAUGAAGCAAAGGCUGGCUAGAGGUAAAGUUGUUUCCUUCCCUCCCACCCGGGAAACCUCUAGGUUGAAAUCUCCACUCUGGGAGGCAGCAAGAGACACAGGUGAAAUAGGAGCCCUUAGCCAGGUGGAGGAGGAUGACUCCUGCCAGCCAGACACCCUGGGGCUCCUGGUCUCGUGGGCCUUUGGCCAAGGGGCUCUGGCGUGGGGCCAGUGCCUUUCUUACUGCCCUGCUCCCUCCCCACAGGCCCUAAUCCAUCUCACCCAGCAGGAAGCCCCUAAGCUGCCUUUUCAGAGGCCUUCCCCAGCCGCUGUGGGCUCUGUGCCUUUCUGUACCACCCUUGGCAGGAGCUGUGUUAUACAAGCUGGAGAGAGCGGCCCCCACGAAGAGGUCAUCAUGCCUGAGGAGGCGUCCAGCAGCUGCAGCCUCUCCUCUCUGGUCUCCUCCCCAGGGCUCCCCCUCCACACCACCUGGGUAUCCCUGGGUACUAACAGCCCUGGCCAACUCACAUCCCAACCCCAGACUGGAUCCAGCUUCCAGCCCCUGACUCCAGCUCCUCAAAGCCCAUUCACUGGCUUCUGGAUUCAGACCCCACCCCCACCCCAGUUUAAAAUCCUAGCUGGGAAAAAAGUGGAAGAAGGAGAAAAUAUUUCUAAACUAGCAGGAACCCUGCGGGCUAUCCCCACCUCCAGCCAGAUGGGCUCGAGAAGUACGGGAGUGGGCAAGGAUUGGAAGAAACCCUACCCAGGGGAGCGCUUUGGCCUCGGGAAGAGAAGUGAUUCAGUGCUCAGUCGCUUGGAUCAGCCACAACUCUGGGGAAUCGCCCUGCCCCGACUGCUGCUGCCGCUGCUGCUGCUGCCCGCCGCCGGGCCGGCCCAGUUCCACGGGGAGAAGGGCAUCUCUAUCCCGGACCACGGCUUUUGCCAGCCCAUCUCUAUUCCGCUGUGCACGGACAUCGCCUACAACCAGACCAUCAUGCCCAACCUGCUGGGCCAUACGAACCAGGAGGACGCGGGCCUGGAGGUGCACCAGUUCUACCCGCUGGUGAAGGUGCAGUGUUCGCCUGAACUGCGCUUCUUCCUGUGCUCCAUGUAUGCACCCGUGUGCACCGUGCUGGAGCAGGCCAUCCCGCCGUGCCGCUCCAUCUGCGAGCGCGCGCGCCAGGGCUGCGAGGCGCUCAUGAACAAGUUCGGCUUCCAGUGGCCCGAGCGCCUGCGCUGCGAGCACUUCCCGCGCCACGGCGCGGAGCAGAUCUGCGUGGGGCAGAACCAUUCCGAGGACGGAGCACCAGCUCUGCUCACCACUGCGCCACCAUCAGGGCUGCAGCCAGGCGCUGGGGGCACUCCGGGAGGUCCUGGCGGGGGCGGCGCACCUCCGCGCUACGCCACGUUGGAGCACCCGUUCCACUGCCCGCGCGUCCUCAAGGUGCCGUCCUAUCUCAGCUACAAGUUUCUGGGCGAGCGCGAUUGUGCCGCCCCCUGUGAACCCGCGCGGCCGGACGGUUCCAUGUUCUUCUCGCAGGAGGAGACGCGUUUCGCGCGCCUCUGGAUUCUCACCUGGUCGGUGCUGUGCUGUGCCUCUACUUUCUUCACUGUCACCACGUACUUGGUGGAUAUGCAGCGCUUCCGCUACCCAGAAAGGCCUAUCAUUUUUCUGUCCGGCUGCUACACCAUGGUGUCGGUGGCCUACAUCGCGGGCUUCGUGCUGCAGGAGCGCGUGGUGUGCAACGAGCGCUUCUCCGAGGAUGGCUAUCGCACGGUGGUGCAGGGAACGAAGAAGGAGGGCUGCACCAUCCUCUUCAUGAUGCUCUACUUCUUCAGCAUGGCCAGCUCCAUCUGGUGGGUCAUCCUGUCGCUCACCUGGUUCCUGGCCGCGGGCAUGAAGUGGGGCCACGAAGCCAUCGAGGCCAAUUCGCAGUACUUCCACCUGGCCGCCUGGGCUGUCCCCGCCGUCAAGACCAUCACCAUCCUGGCCAUGGGCCAGAUCGACGGCGACCUGCUGAGCGGCGUGUGCUUUGUGGUCCUCAACAGCCUGGACCCGCUGCGGGGCUUCGUGCUGGCGCCGCUCUUCGUGUACCUGUUCAUCGGCACGUCCUUUGUGGCCGUCUUCCGCAUCCGCACCAUCAUGAAGCACGACGGCACCAAGACCGAGAAGCUGGAGCGGCUGAUGGUGCGCAUUGGCGUCUUCUCUGUGCUCUACACGGUGCCUGCCACCAUCGUCAUCGCCUGCUACUUCUACGAGCAGGCCUUUCGCGAGCACUGGGAGCGCUCCUGGGUGAGCCAGCACUGCAAGAGCCUGGCCAUCCCGUGCCCGGCACACUACACGCCGCGCAUGUCGCCCGACUUCACCGUCUACAUGAUCAAAUACCUCAUGACGCUCAUCGUGGGCAUCACGUCGGGCUUCUGGAUCUGGUCGGGCAAGACGCUGCACUCGUGGAGGAAGUUCUAUACCCGUCUCACCAACAGCCGGCAUGGCGAGACCACCGUGUGAAGGGGCGUGCCUUUCGCGCGCCCCUAGUUCCUGGACCCACACCGCGCUUUCCUACACCCAGGAGGCUCCUACAAACUCCUUAUUUUAUUUUUUUAAAUAAAGAACAAUCGAAACCAUUUCUUUUUUUAGGUUGCUUUUUAAAGAGAACUCUGCCCAACACCCCCCCCACACACACACACACACCAGGUUUGUAAUUAAAAGUGUAAAUAGUCUUUGUAAAUUUAAUUAUAUAUUUUCUAUUUAAAAGAAAAGAAAAAAAAAAAACGCAGUGAGGGCUCCCAGGCUAAAGAAUUGGGAGCGGUGAGGGGGUGUGUGUGUCUGUCUUAAGUGCCCUUUUAAAAACUGCCUGUACUUUGGUUCGAAUUUUUUGGUGAUUUGGCAGGGCCUGGCCUGCUGGGAGAGGCACCUAGCCCGUGCGCUGUUUUUGUUGGCUGUGAGGAGUUGGGAGUUUGUUCCAUUCAACUUCUAUAAAAGCCAAAUUUGUGAGCCUCCCCACUGACGCAGGGCCUGUGGAAGCUGUUGGAUAUUUUCAGACAAGACUUGGAUUCGUUUUGUUUUGUUUUAUUUUGUUUCCCUUUUCCCCUUUCUCUCCCUCCUUACUUGUCUUGUCUCCUUCCCUCAAUCUUUGGAAACCUCCCAAUAGAGAUGAAGACGUGGAAAUUAAAAAAAAAAAAAAAAAAAAAAAAAAAACCGGGAGUGGUGGGGAGAGGGCGGAGAUCGGGUGAGGAAUGGCCUCCACCCCACUGGCCCACUCCCCUGCAGGCAGGAAGAUCUUUCUCUCCUUAGACUUCUUUUCAGCUUGCUGCCUCAAGCGCUCAAACUGGGCAGAGAAAGCUUGUGAAGUGUGUGUUUUGAAAUAAUAACAUCCCCCACACACCACCUUGAGUACUGAUCCUGAUCCCUGGAAAGCUAAUGUUUCUCAGAGGAAAAACACAAAAAGCAAAAGCUGAGUAUUUAUUUGCAAAGUUGAGGGAUUUGAGAUCUUUAUUCUCUCCCCUCUUUCUCUGCAUUCAGCUGUCUCAACAGAACAUCUCUGACUUGCAGGCUGGCAGUUUGUGGGGUGGUUUGUGUUUAUGUGUGUGCUUUUGUUGUUAUUUGGGGCUUUUUUCUUUUUCUUUUUCAAAAGACAAUAAAAGUGGGUUGAGUUGGAGGGAGGGGCAUGGACGGGAUGGUGGGAUUUUUAGUUUUCCUUUGACAAAAGACUGGUUUCUUUUCAAACUUGUCCAGGAAAAAAAAAAAAAAAAAAAGGUGGGUAUCUUUGCUUUAGAAAAAGCUCUGGGCAGGCUGUUUGUGGCUGUGGACAUUCUAUAUCACGAGAUUGACAGAAUGUUUAUAACAGAUGUUUCUUAUCUUCCCCUUGCCCCCCUCAAAUAAAAGUCAAGACUUUUCUUAAGUUAGCUGCCUGAGAAGUGAUGUAUAAAGUACCUUUGACUGCUGGUACGAGAAUUCCAGUUUGACACACAUCAUUUCUCUCAACGAAUUGGAACAUUUUAGAAUUUCAAUUCCAAAGGAUUGAAGACAAGUAUGCCACAUAACUCAAUUUUCACAGUCUCCUGUUUCUUGAUAAUAGUGCAAAUUAAAAGCUAAUAAUCAUAAUAAUAAAGUGCAUUUAAUUAUCUUCCA